UACUGGGAAAGCGACAUUGUAUUCAAUAUCUAACCUAGGCAUUGAAAAACAGACCUGAAUGUUUUGUUAAGCUUAAUUAAAUGGGGACAUGUCAAAUGCAAAAUUAAAAAUUGUAGAUCGCACACGUUGUAGGUGUUAACAUAAAUUACAACGCCUGCGAUCAUAUUAUGUGAUGCCUUUUUCACUCCACACAAUUAAAAGAAUAUUCAAAUUUCAAUUCAACAUUUUUCAAGAAAACUUCUUACUUUGCUAGUUUAAAGUCUUAAUAUUUUAGUUAUGUCACUGGAAAUCUUACAACAUCCAGGUAAUGAACACCUGCCUUAUUCACCUUUGGCAGUAAACACAAAAAAAAUGUCUAUUCUUAAUUUACCAACAUUACAAUUUUACAAUUUUGAAGUUACUCCACACUCAAUGAAUUUACAUAACUGUGGUCGAACAGUUAUUUUAAGUGGAAUUUGGAAAAACUCACGGCCGUAUAUCUUGGGGUCUAGCCUAAAUGAUAAAUAUUACUUUUCACAUCUACACUUUCAUUGGGGCCAAGAUGAUACCUCAGGCAGCGAACAUAUUAUCAAUGGUCAACGCUAUUCAAUGGAAAUGCACUUGAUAUUUUAUAAAGGAUCAUGUCAAUCGUUGUUUGAUGCAGAAUUACUACCGGAUGGCAUAAUUACUUUAGCUUAUAUAUUCGAGACUACACCAAAAAGGAACGAAGGUAUCCAAAUCAUAGUUCCUUUUUUAGAAAAUGUACGAAAUUUUCGUCAAACAUCAAAAAUACUAAGUUUUCAGCUUGAUCAAAUAGUGGAAACAAGACCUUGCGAAUACUUUACAUAUUGGGGCAAAAUGAAAAAAAUGAAUGGUAUUGAUAGUGUUUCAAAAUGGAUUGUUUUUACUAAAGUUUUGAAUAUUAGUGUUGAACAAGUACAAAGUUUUCGACACUUUCUGUACAAACGAAAUUUUAAAAUUAAGCACAACUGCAGAGAAGCUACUUUUGGAAUUGAGACUAUGGUAUUUUUAGUGCUUGAGAAACAAAACAAACCCAAACAGAUACAACUAGUUUUUAAUACUGAAUCUGGGGAACCUUCACACAAAAUUACUGAAAUUGUUAAAGAAGAAUCAUACUCAAAAUUCCUAAAUAGGUCACAAGAGAAAAUUGAAAAGGUUUCACCUAAAGACUGUGAAUACAUCAUAGAAGAUUCCAGUUCUAUAAACACAAACCUUUACUUGGUACAAACCACACAAAGAGAUAGCGUUCCGUUAGAAAAUAGUUCUGCCGAUAAAUGGAACUUGCCUCUUUUUGAAGAUCAAAAUUUGAAUGACAGAUGGGAAAACUUAAAAUCUUUCCAGGAAGUAGUAAGUUACACAGGAUUCCCUUUUGGAGAUAUGAACAUGUCUAAUGUAAAAAUGACACAAUUUAAUAAUAUUGACUAUAAAAUUGAAAAUACAUUUGUAAUUCAAGACCAAACAUUGAACUUGAGACAGUUUAACGCAGAUGUUAAUGUACCAUCAAAUAUAGAUGUUCAUGAAUUAAAAUGCAUGCCAACAAUUUUCGAUGAACAAAAAAUAAAGAUCAAUAAGAAUUCCAAAUUCAAAAAUUUAGAAAAGAUUAAAGUUAAAAUAACUAAACCACAUCAACUUAAACAAAAAUUUCUUCAAAGUAAAUCAAUUAAUAGCAAAAUAUCAAAACCAUUAGCUACUGGAAUUACUGACAAAUAUAGCAAGAAAAUUAAAAAAAAACCCUGGAAAUGAAACAAAUAUAUUUUAUUUGUAUCAAAAUUUACAAUAAUAAAAAAAUUGUUAUAGUUCAGAUGACUUCAUCGUUUUCAAAAAUUGACCAAAUAAUUUA